CGAAGCUAUAACGGUACACAUGUUGCACACGGACUCUGCGCUCCAACGUUGAAAUGUAGCCCAAUGCGUUCGCUUUAGGCUCAGACGGCGUGUCGCGCGUUUCUAUCCUAUAAACUGAACAGCAGGUAGUCAAAAAAAAAAAAAAGAAAAAACCGAGGCAAAACAAAAACAAAACUAUUGAACCAUUAAGAGCAGCUAAAACACAAUAAAACAAAUACCAAAUUCAAUAAGAACAACAACAUGGAAUAUUGAAUGAACCGAUUUCGAGUAUGCACAUAUAUUAAACUGCCAGAAGCAAGCUGAAGCACUUGGCCAAGCCCAAGAUGGUCAGCAGCUUGACACAGACACUUAAUCUCCACUCGAAUGCGACUGCAGUAAACACUUAAUGCUUAAAUGAAUUAAUAAGCAAACAAAAAGGAAGCAGAAAAAUGGAUGCAAAGCUCAACAACGAACACGAUUGCAAUUGCCCGCAGGAGCACAAACAUCAACAGAAGAAACAGCUCCAUCAAAGCUGUCGGAGAUGCCCGCUGCGCAGGCAUGAAUAUAUGACAAUGCUGGAUUUAGUUUUCCGGCUGCUGUUGGCCAGUGGCUGCUGUGGACUGGCGGCAAGCUCCUAUCUGGAGCCGGACGAGCUUAUACACGAGCUGGACCGUCCGGUGCCAUUGACAUCGGUGCAGGGUGUGCUAAGCAGGCAGGCGAUGCUGCCGUGUGAUAUAACGCCGCUCGAGCGCGACGAUGCUGUUUAUAUGGUGCUCUGGUUUCGUGAGGGCGACGGCGAGCCCAUCUACAACUUUGAUGUGCGUGGUCGUCAAUUUGGUCAGGCGCGCCUGUGGUCUUCGCCGCUGGCCUUUGGGACACGCGCCCACUUCAGCAGCACCUCGCAUCCAGCUCAGCUGAAAAUCGACAAUGUGCGCAUUGAAGAUGAGGGCGUUUAUCGCUGUCGUGUGGAUUUUCGUAACUCGCCCACUCGCAAUCUAAAGAUAAACCUAACUGUUAUCGUGCCACCGGAUAGACCCAUCAUCUAUGAGCCGAACAGGCAUGACAAGACCAGCAAUGUGGAAUCCUUUAACGAGGGCAACGAUAUUGUGCUAGCCUGCGAGGUUACAGGCGGUCGGCCGCGCCCCAACGUUACCUGGUACUUGGAUAAUACGGUCAUCGAUGAGUCAUUCGAUCAGCGCCCCGAUGGCAAAACCAUUAACCAUUUAUCCUAUCCCAAUAUUGGAAGGCAGCAUCUAAAUGCGCGACUUGUGUGCGUCGCCAGCAACACGAAUCUGACGCCGCCAAACAACAAGGUCGUCAUACUGGAUGUCAACUUGAAACCUGUCGCCGUGCACAUCCUGACCAAGGAUCGCUUUGUAUCCGCGGAUCGCACCUACGACAUUGAGUGCAAAAGCUCCGGCUCCAAGCCGGCGGCCAUAAUCACCUGGUGGAAGUCCAACAAGCAGAUGAAGAAACAAACCAAGAACUUUAAUGAGCCAGACAAUCAAUCCCUAAGUAUACUGACGUUCACACCCACCCGGGACGACGAUGGCAAAUAUUUAACAUGUCGGGCAGAAAAUCAAUUCAUCGAAGGCAGCUCCAUUGAGGACAAAUGGCGUCUCAUUGUGCACUUUCAACCCACGACGAUACUCAAGAUGGGCUCCUCAUUGAAUCCGGAUGACAUCAAGGAGGGCGACGAUGCCUAUUUCGAGUGCAUUGUACAAUCAAACCCGAAGCCCUACAAAAUGUCCUGGUUCCACAAUGGCAAGGAGCUGCAGCAUAAUAUCUCUGUGGGCAUCAUACUGUCGGAUCAAUCGCUUGUGCUGCAGAGUGUCUCACGCGCCUCGGCCGGUGCCUACACCUGUUUGGCUGUAAACUCGGAGGGCAAAGGCCUCAGCAACCCGGUCACAUUGCGCAUACGCUACGCGCCCAUCUGUGCCAUCGACCAUGAGCAGCUGCUGGGCGCCCUCAAACACGAGACAUUGGCACUGAAGUGCGAAGUGGACGCCUCGCCACCGGCCGACUCCUUCCAGUGGACCUUCAACUCAUCCGGCGAGCAAACUGAGCUGCCCGCCCGUCUGCACACCAGCGAGACGGGCAUGUCACGCUUAAAUUAUACGCCCAGCUCAGACCUAGACUAUGGCACCGUUUCCUGCUGGGCCAAGAACUCAAUUGGCGUCCAGAAGGGACCCUGUGUAUUUCAAAUUGUGGCAGCAGGACGACCUUUCCCAUUGCAAAAUUGUACGGUGAGCAAUCAGUCGGUGGACUCGCUGCAAGUGGAUUGCAUAGAGGGCUUCGAUGGCGGCUUACCACAGAGUUUUAUGCUCGAAUUAGUGGAGCUGAACUCGCUGCAAUUGGCCAGGAAUAUAACCAUACACCACACGCCUGUAACAUUUGUCAUUGAGAACUUGGAUCAAGCAGCCACCUAUCGCAUGAUUAUAUUCGCCAUCAAUGUAAAGGGUCGCUCCGAGCCCAUCAUUAUAGACGACAUUAACUUUAAAGGCGUGGCGAAACUAACGGGCAACUCGACGGGGCUUAGUGUGCCGCUUUCGCCAUUCCUGGCUGGGCUGACGCUCGUCUGCGGGCUGCUGUUUGCCAUAUCCUGCAUCAUAUUGGCUGCCAUAUACAGAAGAUUCUCAAAUCGCCGCAACGAUAAUAAUCUGAAGGCCGUAAAGCACACACAAUUAGCAAUACCGGCUGAUUGCCAGCUGGACCCGUUGCAUCCCGGACCGCACACAAACGGCCAGGGCCAGGGCCAGGGCCAAAGCCAGAGCCAAAACCAGAGCCAGGGGCAAGGGCAUAUGCAAAACGAGCAGUCAAAUCAGCAGGCACACCACAGUCUCCUUCCAAUUAAUUGUGAUAAUCGCAAUGCGGCCGAACGUGGCGCGCUGAGCGAAGUGAACAUAGACAGUGGCACGAGAACCUCACCAAGUGGCCAUGGCUUGGCCAUGGCCAUGGCAGGCGAUACGCUGCGCUCCACUGCACGCACUCGAGCCAAUGCACAAAUGCUGGGCGAUCAGGCUGAUAUAGAUGACACCGAUCCCGAUGUUAUACCCAAUCAGUAUGAAAAACGCCCUUUAAAGUCGUUGGGCGCAUCGCCUGGCUUUGCCAGUCCGGCAACACGGCUCAUGCCACGAGAAUAUUGCACUGGUCGCGAUGCCGAGCUGCUCAAGGGCAACGCAGAGAGCGUCGGGGUGAUGGCCGGACUGGGCGGCACGGAUGCCAGCACCAUUGGCCUCCUGAGCAACUCGGGCAAUGAGGUGCUACACUAUACGUUCCGGCCAAGUAAACAAAUUAGCUAUGCUACCCUCAAUAAGAAGGGCAUAACCACGUGUAGUCCGCCGCUGGGGUCGUUGACAUAUAACAUAAGCACAUCGACGCCCUCAUCAUCAUAUCAUCUAACACCGCAGCCAAUGGAGGUCAGUUUGCUCAGUCCGAACAAUGCCUCGGUGACCUCGUCAUUAAGUGAAUAUCGUUUUCGGCCCGAGGUCGUUACCACUUCGAAUCGCAUACAGGAAAGUUGUAUAUAAGCUUCACAUAUGCAUUUAAGCAACAUAUCUGCAUACAAUAAUUACUCUAUACUCUCUACACACAUAUAUAUAUAUAGAUCAAUGUAGUUGCGUGUGAGUGUGCGUGAGUGUAUAAAAAAUGAAAAGGAAAUGCAAACUGUAUUAAUACUUGAAUAUCGUAAUACCCUAGCAGCUGCAUAUAUAUAUAUGGAUAUAUACUACAUAUAUAUAUUGAUUCGCAUGGUUUGAGGCAAGACUUCUUUAACUUUUAAGCAUUUCUGUGUAAUUGUUGCAUAUUAAUUUAAGUAACAAUGCCAAAAGUGUAACCGCAAUUACACUCGUUUUGUAAAUACUUAACUCGUUGUCAUUUGUUGUAAUUAAGUCUAAUACUCUAAACGUUAACGCUGAAUACUGAAUACUGAAUACUGAAUACUGAAUGCAGCACUCUCGGCUGCACACAUAUCUGUUGUACGAUUAUUUACUACCAACCCACUUUCGAUGCAAUCCACACAUAUUCACACCUUACAUACCUUGCAUAUCCCGGCGGAACGCAGCGAAACUGCAAAUCAUAUCUAACGUUUUUUCGCUUUAAUCAAAAUAUUGCUUAAUCCCGAGACGUUUUAAGUGUUAAGACUACCAAUAAUUGAUACAACAAAAAACCCUUCCAAACAGACAAAAAAAAAAGAAACCUAUUAAUUUAUGCCCUGUUAUCACGUUUAUCUAAACAGGAACUGCACUCUGCCAGA